GCCGGAGCGUUGUCCCAUCUCGCUCACUCGAACGCCGCCGCGCGUUUAGCCCUGCGAAGUUCGGCACUCACUCCUCCGGCCCCCGCCGUUCAUCUCGCGUGUGUGUAGAGUGUGUGUGCCCCUCCGACAGAAAGGAGUAAAAAUAAUAAUAAAGAAAAAAUCCAGGAAAACGGAAUUGGUUUAACCCUGUGCAGUGUGCUGUGAAAAUUAUUUGGUCAAAUGCGAAAGCCAAGCAGCGCCUAGGAAAAUUCACAGCAGCGGCGGCGUUAGCAGAGGGAAAACUAGGAAACUCGUAAAAGCGCGGAGGAUGUAGUCGCGAAAUUUGAAUGCACUUGUCUUGGUGACCUCACAUACACACACACCCCACCCGACACACACACUCCCCCUUGCAGAGCCGUCAGGAUGUCACGCAUUCACUACGUUGACCAGGUGGAGCAGGAGGAGGAGGCGGAUCACCACCACCACCCCGGCAGCAGCUCCACUGUCAGCACUGGGAGCACUCCCCCGCUCCGGAUUUCCCCCCACGGAUCCCCCCAGCUGCAGCAGCAGCAGCGCUUGGGGAAGCAUCUCAGCAAAUCCGCCUCCGAGUUAAAUGGUCACGACUGCCAUCACAGCGAAUCUCCGCACAUAUCACCCAAGCGGGCCAAGAGUGCCGUGUCCCAGAACUUGGCCGGGGCGGAGACAGGCGGAGGAGGAGGCGUGGCCGGAGGCGUAGGAGUCCUGCAGAAGACGCACGGAUUUUUCAACAAUCUGCGGCAUCGCUGGAGUCGUGCGAAGAGCAAAGAUCGCCUGGGACGCAAGUCGCCCAGCGAUUUCCUCGAGGAGAGCACGGACUAUGCCGCCGACUACAGCUCGGAGAGCAGUUCCGUGACGCAGAGUCCGCGACAUCGAAGCACCACCAUCGGUGGAUCCCCACUGGCCAAGGAGUUCCGGGCCACGGCCAAGAUGGCUCAGGUCAUACAGCGCUUCGGUGGCUCCAUGGAGGGCCGGAUCGAUGAGCAUCCCGAGAAUGGUGGACCCGGCGGAUGCACUGCCUCGCCGGAGUUGACCACUCAGCAGCAGCUGGAGGCCUUGCAGGCCGAUGAGCUGCGUCGCAAGCGCGAAGCCCAAUUACGUCAAUUCGUCUUCUUUCAGCUGCGCGUCCAUCUCAAGUCCGGCAGCGACCUGGUGGCCAUGGACAAGAAUGGACUCAGUGAUCCUUAUGUCAAGUUCAAGGUCGGUGGCCGCCUCCUCCACAAGUCGCGCACCAUUCACAGGGACCUGAAUCCGGUGUGGGACGAGGUGUUCAUCGUGCCCAUCGAGGACCCCUUCCAGCCGAUUAUUGUCAAGGUCUUCGACUACGAUUGGGGACUCCAGGAUGACUUUAUGGGCUCGGCCAAGCUGGACUUGACCCAACUGGAGCUGGGCAAGGCCGAGGAUAUUCACCUGCAGUUGUGCGAUUCCGGCGGAAGUCCCGGGGAGCAUGGCAUGGGCGAGAUACUCAUCAAUUUGACGCUCUGGCCGCGCAGUCAGGAGGACAAGGAAAUGCAUUUUCAGCGCAACUCCAAGCUGGCCGAGUCAUCGAAGCGCCUCAAGUCGCAGAUCUGGAGCUCUGUGGUCACAAUUCUUCUGGUCAAAGCCAAGGAUUUGCCGCUGGCCGAGGAUGGCAGCAAGCUGAUUGAUAUUCACUUUAAAUUUAGAUUGGGCAACGAGAAGUACAAGAGCAAGUCUUCCUGGACGGAACGCUGGCUGGAGCAGUUCGAUCUCCACCUCUUCGACGAGGAUCAGAACCUGGAGCUGGCUCUAUGGAAUCGCAAUUCCUUGUACGGCAAGGCCAUCAUCGAUCUGAGUGUGUUCCAGCGGGAGACCACCCAUGGCAUAUGGAAACCUCUCGAGGAUUGUCCUGGCGAAGUCCACCUCAUGCUGACGAUCAGUGGAACCACCGCUUUGGAGACAAUCAGUGAUCUGAAGGCCUUCAAGGAGGACCCAAGGGAGGCACAGCUUCUAAGGGAGCGAUAUCGCUUCCUGCGUUGCCUGCAGAAUCUCCGAGAUGUGGGUCACCUGACAGUGAAGGUAUUUGGAGCCACAGGACUCGCAGCGGCGGAUAUUGGAGGCAAAUCGGAUCCCUUUUGUGUCUUGGAACUGGGAAAUGCCCGGCUGCAAACCCAAACGGAGUACAAGACCCUCACGCCCAACUGGAAUAAGAUCUUUACCUUUAAUGUGAAGGACAUCACUCAAGUGCUGGAAAUCACAGUCUUUGAUGAGGAUCGCGAUCAUCGCGUUGAGUUCCUGGGCAAACUGGUCAUACCCCUGCUCCGUAUCAAGAGCGGCGUCAAGCGGUGGUACACUCUCAAGGAUAAGAACCUGUGUGUCCGGGCCAAAGGUAACUCUCCACAAAUCCAACUGGAACUCACGGUGGUCUGGAACGAAGUCCGAGCUGUGUGCCGUGCCCUGCAGCCCAAGGAGGAGAAGCUAAUACAGCAGGAGGCCAAGUUCAAGAGGCAGCUCUUCCUGCGCAAUGUCAACCGACUUAAGGAGAUUAUAAUGGAUAUCCUAGAUGCAGCACGAUAUGUUCAGAGCUGCUUCGAGUGGGAGUCCCCCGUGCGUUCCAGCAUUGCCUUUGUCCUGUGGAUAGUCGCCUGUGUUUAUGGUGAUCUGGAAACGGUGCCUCUGGUUCUAUUACUAAUCAUACUCAAAAACUGGCUUAUCCGCCUGAUCACUGGCACUACAGAUCCUGCUGCCCACUAUGACUACGAGUAUGAUGAGGACGAUGAUGAUGACAAGGAGAAGGAGGAGAAAAAGUCCAUCAAGGAGAGAUUACAGGCCAUACAAGAAGUCUCCCAAACCGUACAGAAUACCAUAGGUUAUCUGGCCUCUUUAGGCGAAAGCACCAUCAACACAUUCAACUUUUCCGUCCCCGAACUGACCUGGCUGGCCGUGGUCCUGCUGCUGGGUGCCAUUCUGGUCCUGCAUUUUGUUCCUCUGCGCUGGCUGCUCCUCUUCUGGGGCCUGAUGAAGUUCUCCCGCCGUUUGCUGAGGCCCAAUACCAUACCCAACAACGAGUUGUUGGACUUCCUAUCCCGGGUUCCCGAUAACGAAGAGAUUAAUCAAUAUAGGGAACUGCCUCCCUCGGCGCCUGCCGACCAGACCCGCUCCAAUCCCAAGAAGAAGCUCAAAGGCUCAUAGUCCAUAACCAGCGCUGAUGCAGUCGUAUCGCAGCUGCAGUCCAGCGCUACCCUUGGAGCAGGAUCAGGGCCAGGACCUGGUGGCUCCAGUGGCUCCAGGCAGCAGCAGCUGCUGCAAAGAUUCCGGGCCAAUACCAGCCAGCUGAAGCAGCGCUUCGGCCAGGCCAAGAGCCUCAGUCUGAGCCAUGGCGAAUUCAAUUAGACACCAACAGAAAGUUAGCUAGUAAUAUAAGGAUCCAAGGACAUCAAAUCAACUCAAUUAUGCUGCACAACAAAGUUCGCUUCACUUAUUUUCCUAGAACUAUAUAUAUAUAUAUACACACUCACUCACACACAGUUAAUUAUAAAUGUCAAAACUAUUUACACCGGCAAGAAAAUUAAUUAUAAUGUAUAUACACUCGGACUCUAUGUGUACCUAAGGUAACCUCUAUCUCUCUCAAAGAAUUAUUCGAAUAUUGCUAACUACCUAAGAUUCCUUAUUGCGCGAAUCCAAAAUGCGAUUACUUAUUUAUUGUGUAUUUCAAUUUGUGAUAUUUUCAAAGAAUUUUGCAACUAGGCUUACUUACUACUUAUGUGACUUAAUCCCACGGAAGCUCCAGUCCCCAAAAUCAACUCCAUUUACAAUUUACCAACUACCAACAAUUACCUUUUCGAUUGCACCCUCGCCUCGUUUAAGGACGCUUCUUCAUGAUAUACACCACUUAUACUUGUAAUAAUAUAAUCCAAAUCCUAAUUAUUUCUUUUGGGAAAUUCGAUAAAGAUUGUUGAAAACAUUUCCUAAAAUUUACAUCUUGUAUUUAUUAUCAACUAUUGUCUAGGAUAAUCAGCUCGUCGAAGGCCCCGGCCCAGCCAUAUUAAUCUACGUGCAUAAUACUUUAAAUGAAAUUAAUUGCUAAUUGUAAACCCACUCCGAUCGAUCGAUUUGAUAAAUUUUAGAUAGUCAAACUAUUUUAUACCCCGCGACAAACUAAACAAAACAAAACAAAUGCAAAAAGAGCAACAACAAAGU